AACGAGGUGGGGGAGGGAGAGCAGGCGCGUGUGGGGCAGAGUGACGGGCAGAGUGUGGGGUAAUAAGGGUAGGGGUGGGGGUGGAGGUAGGGGGGGAGGUAGGGGGGUAAGUGGGGGGGAAGGUGGGGGAGAAUGUGAAGGAGGUGGAAGAAGGCCGGUACGAGGGAGGGAUAGAGGGAGGGGGGGAGAGAGGGGGAAGGGAGAUGGGAGGAAUGGCACAGGGCAGCACUGGGAAGGAAGGGAUCUGCUCACCGUUCUGAAGCCCAUCGUCUCAGCUCCUUGGAGUGUUUUCCAACGCUGGUUUGGGUUUUCUGGCAGGAGUGGUGGUGGGGGUGAUGGGCUGGCUUCAGAAGAGGGUGUGGGGACCACCAUCCUAGUCAGCCUGCCAUUGCGAGCGCGCCACCUGGCAGGAGAUGACACCUCCCCUGUGGAUGAAGCCACGGCUGGAGACGCCGGGCCUUGGCUGGAGGCUCGGCGGAGCGUUUUAGGUUCGGUCCGAGGCAAGCGCGCGUUGGUGGUGGAUGGGAUGAAGCUGAGGCGAGAGGCUGUGAGCGAGUGUUUGAGGUACCUUGGGAUCUCCGUGGCUGUAGCUGCUACAGCUGGCCAGGCGGGGUUCCUGUUAAUGGGAAGCAGUAGCUGUAGCAGUGGCAGGAGCAGUUGGAGGGAUGGGUCGGAGAGGAGGCGAGGGAGGGUGGGGGAUGGGGAAGAGGAGGAGGAUGAGGAGGGAGAGAUGGAGGAGGAGGACGAGGAGGAGAAGGAGAAGGAAGAGGAGGAGGAAGAAGAGGAGGGGGAUGUGGGUUGGCAAGAAGAAGGGCAGAGCAACGAAGGUAAGGAGUGGAGUAGUGAGACAGCUGCGGAGGAGGAAAGGAAGGGAGAGGAAGGAGAGGAGGAGAGGAAUGGAGAGGAGGGAGGAGAGGGAGAGGAUGGAGAGGAGGGAGAGGAGGGGGAGGAAGGAGAGCAGAGGAGUUGGGAUGUGGUGUUUAUUGAAGCAGACGCGUUCGGCUCCGCAACAGGGUUUGGGUUCGGCAAGCGGGUGAUUUCGCAUUGGCAGCACCAACAGCACCCCGGCGGGCGAGAAACGCCGCCACCGUCCCCCACCACUCCACACCCCUCCUCCUUCCCUUCAAGCUCGUCCAACCCAUCUGUAUCUCCGCCGCCCGCGCUGCUUUCCACGCCGCUGCCGCUCCGGUCGCCGCACCCACUCUCCACACCAAACCCGCUUCCCACGCCCCACCCACUCCCCACAUCAAACUCGCUCCCCACGCCCUGGCCGCUGCCGCAGCUGCUUGCGAGUGUGUCACACCCGCCGCUGGUGCUGACGGGGAGGAGCGCGUGUGAGGGCGUGCAAGCUAGAGCAGCCGGGUUCAGUGACGUUCUCGCCCGCCCCUGGAUGGCCAGCGAUGCCGCUCGGCUGCUGCAGGAGAUGUUCGCCCCACCUCCAGCCGGAUCCGUCUCUGCAGCUCACAGCGCCCCAGCCCAGGAGCAAGAAGAGGACCUCCCGCAGCAACUUUUCUCCCGCCUCGCCCUGGAAGACGCUUCAUCCGUCCUGCGAGAGAUGCUGGGUGGCAGGGAGGUGCUGGUGGUGGAUGACAACGCCGUGAACCGUGUGGUGGCCAGGAAGAGCCUCGUGGGGCUUGGGGCGCGAGUGGAGGUGGCUGCGAGUGGGGAGCUGGCGCUGCAGCGCCUGCUGCACCCGCACGCCUUCGUGCUGGCACUCGUUGACAUUAAUAUGCCUCCAGGGAUUGACGGCCUCGAGACGUGCCGCCACAUCAGGGCGCGAGAAGCUCUGACGUCUCAAAACAUCUCUUUUAUCAGGCGGGCAUGGAUGGGGCGAUUUCGAAACCCAUAG